UUCCUUUCCUCGAUUCUCACAGUUUUUGAGGGUAUUCUGAUGGGAAACCUGACAAGCCAACAUGGCAGCCUCCAUAAGUAAAAAAAAAUGACCUGCUACAUGUACAUGCACUAAACAGCUGAAGAAAUUGCCACUCAAGCAUUGUUGCCAUGGCAACCUCAAGGAGCAUCGUAGCGAGCUGCAGGGCUGGGUGGGAGACGGUGUGCCAUCACGUCAGCAAGGCCGUGGUGUUCGUUGACAGCCCCAUGGCCGAGUGCCUACACUGGUGUAUCGGAGCCGGAAUGCUUCUGCGUGCCGGGGCUAUCGACAUCAAGGAGUUUUCCUCAUUUGAGAGUGCAACACCAGAAGAGAGGAAAGCUGUGUUUAUUGUCAGCGGUUUGUUGGCCGACACUGUUGAGGAAAUCAUCAAGGAUAUCGUUCAGGCUAGCGACUUCCAGUAUUGCAUUGCUGUAACAGCCAUGCCCCACUCACUGCACUCUCACCUCCUUGGAGAGGGGCACAGUGACAGCACCACGGAGAGUGCCCUCUUUGUCCAGUUUGAGAACAAGCUGAGGAAAUGGAUGGGCGGACCGAUUGCAGAAGCAGAAGUUGUCCACGUCCCACUGUUUGCAGCACCCCUCUGUCCCAGCCUGUUUGUUGUACCUACCUACAGUUCCUUAUUCCCCCUGUUGACCUCCGACCUAGCCAAAGUUCAAGACACGAGAGACAGUAAGGGAGACAAACCGUUGGAUAAAUUGGAUGACAUCGAGCUCCAGCUGCUGCCCACGGCUCUCCAGGCGCAGCUGAAGAUGCUAGUCUCGGGGAUCAGCAGUUUCUGUGAGCAGAUCAAAGUCAAUGAGGAUGUGUAUUCCAUCGGCCACACCAGCAGGCUGGUUGCAGCCGAGCUAGCUGGCCUGCCGUCUGCCAAGGCCAGAAGAAAGGCUGCGCAGCACAGAGCAUCUGUCCUUCUGAUUGACCGAACACUGGACCUGGCCGGAGCAGCCAGCCAUCUCGGCAGAGAGACCCUAGCUGAUCGAGUGCUGUGCCAUCUGGAUCGCUUGCCGGGACACAGCACGGAUGUCGGUGUGGAUAUGGCCGAUCUGUUCUCACUGGGAGGAGUGCAGCCGGUUUCGUCACAGGUGAUCUAUCCCGGGUGCUUGGCUCAUCCUUCCGAUUCAACCUCUCACUCCCCGCUCAAUACCCUGAUCACGACGAAACAGAAGGAGAGCUUAAUGGAUGUCAACAGACAGCUGGUGGAUGCCAUCUCCAAGGAAAAACUGCCGUUGAAAAUAGGCGGGAAAAUAGGGCGUGUCGGCCCAGAGACACUGCAGACACACCUGCAACUGUUCAAGAAUAACCCGGAUGCGCUGCGCAGGAACCUCGGCCUGCUUCAGGUGGUGUCGGCCUGUGUGGAGACCCUCACCCACCCUUGCCAGGCCGAGUGGGAGGGGCACCUUGGCGCCGAGAAGCUGCUCCUCCAAGGCAUGGGGGAGGAGGCUGGCGCCCCGUCCCUGGACCAGAUACUGACCGUCCUGGAGAAGGGCCAGACUGAGAAGAUGGCUCAUAGCCUAGAUACCAUACUCUUGCUGCUAGUUUUUGCCUACUCCCUAGCCGGUGAUGACAGCAUCAGCUUUGAUUCUGACGAACGGAGCUUGAAGACUCUGCUAGUCCAGGCUAUCCUAUCUGAGCAGGAACCGUCUGAACUGAUUACUCAGUUUGUCGGGGAGACACGCUCAGAAGACAGAGUGCGAGAAGCUGUGAAUAACCUCUUCACCAAGCUCAGGGCAGUCGGAAGGGCCAGGGGUCAUCUGCAGCAGUUCAGGUCUAUUUUUGAUCACGGCAGCAUGGUCGCACCGGCGUCCUACAAUCCGUUCUUCAAGCAAGUCCUGGAUGGGAUCUUCAGCCCCAACAAGUCCGAACUCCCCGACAUCGAAUACAAGUCGACGGGGCUGAGGGACCUCAUCAAAACGGGCUUCAGAUUUUUUGUGAAUGUGAGCAAGCCGCGGCCCAGCGAUCACCCACUUCUGAUUGUGUUCGUCCUGGGCGGGGUGACAUGCUCGGAAGUCAGGACCAUCAAAGAGACUGUGGCUAGCCAUUCACCGAACACACAGGUGGUCGUUGGAAGCACCCGCAUCUUGAAACCGACAGAUGUCCUGAGGUUACUGCUAUGUCAAGAUAACCUACAUCCAACGAUGUGAUGGUGAACUACAGGGGGGGGUUGAAAUCAUUUUUUCGCCCAAGCAUUGGAGUGCAAAGCAUUUGCCAAAUAUGAGAAGUGUUAGUUUAGAUGCCAGUGUCUCGCGGCCUUUUGCAAAGAUGAAAAUAUUUAAUCAAUUCUAAUAAUUUUUCACAAAAUCAAUACAAGUGCUUCCAGGCACUUACUCCACACAGGCGUGCUUUAUCCACUUUGCGCUCGAGGGCUCGUUAACACGAUCUGGCUGGUUUGUACAUGUAUAAACAGGCAUGCUGAACUGUUGAUAUGUCCGGCAUUCCUUGACUCAUCUCCGGCUCA